AUGUUAUCCCGCGUGGCUUGUCAAAAAAAUGCUUUCCUUCACUUCCGGAGGGUGCAGGCCUCCCGAGCAUCAUUCCAUUUGCCGACAACGCGUUUUCACUCAUAUUCGAAUAAUCGGAACUCACUUUUGAAUCUGUCGUGCAAGUCGAUUCACGAUCGCCCGCGCAAUCCGUCUCCGCAAUCAGAGCGUCAUCUCGCUACAGCCGCCGACCAAUCUAGCAUCGACGGGCACUCGCCGGAGACUUACGAUCACUUCAUGCACAUGCCUUUUGAGAGCUUCGAUACAUCAUCCCUGAUCAUCCUCGACUCGACACCGCAAUCGCAAUCGAAAGUCUUCCGUAGGAGGCAAGGUAUCGGCGGUGAUGAAAUGGAGAUGAAGGCUAACCUUCAACUCUCAUUAAAGGUUGGGGAAUUUGAACGAGCCGCUGGGUUGAUUACUCGCCUUGGCCAUUAUCACCCGCCUGGCUCGGAUGAGUAUCUCCUUAUCCAUAACCGUUUCAUGAAGCAUAUGGUGGCGUAUAUGAUCCUCAACCGACAGCAAGACAUGAUUCUGUCGUUGCAGAAAUGGUUUGAAGUCGAUAUGCCGGCCGGUGGCGUCACACCGGAUGCGACCAGUUUUGCGAUUAUGAUUCGAAUGGCGCUGCGUAUGCUUCAUGGAUCUAAGCGCGACAGAACUGUACGCCGAUACUGGGAACUUGCCCAGAACGCGGGUUUGGAGGAAGAGCUUGUCGGCAUUGAGGUUCUCGAGGACUCAGAUGUUGGUGAGCUGUCGAAGAUUUGCUCCUCUGACAUGUUAGACUUGGUCUCGAAAUAUAUGGAACUCUCCGAAACUACUGAAGCGCCUUCCGCCAUCGUCGAUGAUACCCCUCAAAUCCAAGCCGCCGACCAAAAGGGAUUGGGGCUGGCAUCUUUGAAACGAUCCCUGUCACUCUUCUCCGGCAAUUCUGACGUACGUCUGCCCGAAAAUUUCAAAGGCACCGAAGAAGAAGCAAAGCAAUUGCUUUCAGAUAUGAGGCAAAUACGGCUUGAAACUGAUAGUCUCGACUCGGCCCUCUGGCGUUGGCGCUCAGAUAAUGCAGAGAGACAAAAAUCCGGGUUCAACGUCGCUUCCGAUGAGAAAAAGCUCAGCAGAGUCAUGAGUGAAUGGCACUCGGAACUUGUGGCAAGAAUCAAGAAGGAGUUAGACCUCGUGAAAGAGUCAUCUGCGAACCGUAUCACAAAUCAAGAAGAAAAAGAGCGCUGUGAAUAUGGUGUGUUUUUGCAGGCCCUCGAUCCCGACCGGUUAGCCGCACUCACUCUCUUGACUGUGAUGUCUACUUUCAGUCGCCAGGGGAUGGACAAGGGAACCAAACUUUCUGCCCUCGCUUCAAUAAUUGGAAAAGAAUUACAGGAUGAACUCAUUGCCGACACCUAUUUACAAAAGCACAAGUCUAUGGAUCCGGGUCGUCUCAAGGCACUGAAGCAGACUCUCGCAAACCGCAAAGACAAGCAAGGCCGACACCGAUGGCGAACGCUCGUUGAAAAGCUCAAUGCAGAAAAUGAAUCUGUAAUCUGGGGCUCCCGCUCACAGGUCAAAAUCGGUGCUGUUUUGAUGGGCAUGUUAAUCGAAGUUGGGAAAGUCCCUGUUUGGACUGAGGAUCCUGUCAACAAGAAAAGGGUUCUCAACAUGCAACCGGCCUUCAACCAUUCUUAUCAAAUUCACUACGGGAAACGAUCCGGUCAUAUCCACAUGAACACUAAACUUGUGGAACUUGUUGGCAGAGAGCCACCCGCUGACCUCCUAGCCCGUCACCUCCCCAUGGUCUGCAAACCUAGACCAUGGACAGGGCCAAGAAUUGGCGGGUACAAGAUAUACGAGUCUAACCUAGUGCGCACUACUCCCGGUGAAUCACUACAACCGGCCUACCUCAAAGCUGUCUUGAAAGAUGAUGGGCUGAAAGAAAUCCGAUCAGGCCUUCAUGUUCUCGGUACCACUGGGUGGAAAAUCAAUCAGCAGGUUUUUGACGUGAUGGUCGAAGCUUGGAAUAACGGGGAGGCAGUGGGAAACCUCGCCCCCUUGAAUCCAGACCUGCAGAUUCCAGAACAACCAAGUCCAGACGCCGACUAUGCAACCCAAAAAGACUGGCGCUUAAAGGUGCGUGAAGUCGAAAAUAUUCGCUCUGGAUUGCAUUCUGUUCGAUGCUUCCAGAACUUUCAGCUUGAGGUAGCCCGAGCCUUCCGGAAAGAGGUCUUCUAUCUGCCCCACAACAUGGAUUUCCGCGGGAGAGCUUACCCACUUCCUCCUUACCUGAAUCAAAUGGGGGCUGACAAUUCAAGAGGAUUACUUCUUUUCGAUAAUGGCAAGGUGCUUGGGACAUCUGGCAUGCGCUGGUUAAAAAUUCAGAUCGCAAACUUAUUUGGAUUUGACAAAGCAAGCAUGUCUGAACGGGAGCAAUUCACAAUGGACAACUUGGAUGAUGUUCUUGAUUCUGCCAACAUGGGACUCCACGGACGACGGUGGUGGCUCAAGGCUGAGGAUCCAUGGCAGCUUUUAGCAGCGUGUUGCGAACUCCGCAACGCCUUGCAACUCUCUGACCCCACGGAAUAUGUCUCUCAUCUUCCGGUUCACCAAGAUGGCUCCUGCAAUGGACUUCAGCACUAUGCUGCUCUGGGCGGUGACCGUGUCGGCGCCCAGCAGGUCAAUCUUGAACCGUCUGAUCGCCCUUCAGACGUCUAUACCGGCGUGUGCGAAUUUGUCAAAGAAGCCAUCGCAAAGGACGCAGCAAAUGGCGAUCCUUUGGCUCAGCGUCUCGAUGGCAGAGUCACGAGAAAGAUUGUAAAACAGACGGUCAUGACGAAUGUCUACGGUGUGACCUUCUUGGGGGCGACGAGGCAGGUCAAAAGGCAGCUUGUUGACUAUCUCCCUGAUCUUAACAACACAGACAGGAAUAUCGCGUCUUUCUAUAUCGCAUUAAAGAUUUUUGGCGCUCUCGGAUCCAUGUUCAACGGAGCCCAUGAGAUCCAAUAUUGGCUUGGCGAUUGUGCCCAACGCAUUACACAGUCUGUGACGCCGGAGCAAAUUGAGGAGCUCACGCAAGCAGCAUUAGUACCCAAAGAGGAACGCAACGAGGGGUCUUCGACAUCCUCUGAUCCAGAGAAAUCCUUCACGUCGACUGUGAUUUGGACGACCCCACUAGGUCUCCCGGUGGUCCAGCCAUAUCGCACUCGCAAGAUCCGGCGUGUUAGGACUAGUUUACAAGACAUCAGUCUUGUUGAACCUGGCUCAGAUGAGGUUGUUUCAAAGCGCAAGCAGCUUCAGGCCUUCCCGCCGAACUUCAUUCACUCUCUUGAUGCUACACACAUGAUCCUGUCCGCCAAUGCAUGCCAUGAAGCAGGUCUUACUUUUUCCGCAGUCCAUGAUUCCUUCUGGACUCAUGCUGCUGAUAUCGACCAGAUGAACCUCAUCCUUCGUGAUGCCUUCGUUCGCAUGCAUUCCGAUGAUGUUGUGGGGCGUCUCGGCGCCGAAUUCAAAGUGCGAUAUAGCAAGAAUAUAUUCCUGGCUAGAAUCUCACGAGCAACUCCUCUCGGUAAGGCGGUCUUCUCAUACCGUCAAACUACCAGGAUUUCCAAACUCCAAGAGUUGAUCAACGAAAACCGGCGACAAAUUCUUCUCAACUCGGAAGAUCCGGAGGAUCAGGCCGAGGGUCGUGCUAUGGUAACACCCUGCAGCAUCUUUGAAAAAUUAGGCGGUAAAGAUGAUGACCUAACUGCCUUUAAAACAAUGGGUUCGACCUCAAUUGGGCACAUCCCAGAAACUCUUCCUGAUCCAGAGCGGGUACCAAUGGGAUUUUCAAUCGACACUACCGAUCCGGCCAUUGAGAGCCUGGUCGGCGACCUCGGGAUGUUUGACUCGAAGCAGAUCUCCCAGAGCGCGAUGACCGCCGAAGUAACGGAUGAGGUCCAUGGUGAAACCUCCGAUCAGAAUGAGAAUACCGAGCAGCCCCAGAGCUCUCCGACGUCGAAGCGCUCCUUAACCACUUGGUUAUGGAUGCCUCUGACCUUCCGUCCAGUCCCUAAAAAGGGUGACUGGGACCUGACUCGAAUUCGCGAGAGUGAAUACUUCUUCUCGUGA